GAGACAAAUACUACGCAUUUUUGGGCUGUAAUUAGUUUGUUAUUGCAAAACCAAAGCGAAGGCGGAAGUAUUUCAACAAAACCUCGCCUAUUUCUUGUUGUCGAUUUAUUUGCUGUAAAGUUCAAGAUAAAUCUUACAAAGAAAGACCAUUCGUAUUCUGUUCUUACAAUGGGGUAGCAAUGUUUUGUGGGCGGUAAAGAAUGGCUUUUUGCCCAACGGAAGAGAAAAUGUAUGGCUACGAAGACUCUCGGUUUGAGAAAGAUGUCGACGAAAAUUUCCACUGUUCUAUCUGUCACAAUGUUCUCAAAGACCCGAGGACGUGCAGAAAUAACGAACACAUCUUUUGUCUUGGCUGUAUCAGUGAACACCUACGUGUAAACUCUCAAACGUGUCCUGAAUGUAAGGAGGAUUUGAGCGUAGAUACGCUUCGUAAGGCACGUUUAGCGAGUAAUUGUUUGUCUAAACUGAAGAUAAAUUGUGAUCAUGCCAGUCGAGGUUGUGUUGAGUUGACCUGUCUUGAAGAUCUCGAAACUCAUGUGGCAAAUUGUGGUUAUGCUCCUGUGUUGUGUUCAAAUGCAGAGUGUGGUAUGGUCAUCAACAAGCGGGAAAGAGUCCAUCAUGAGACUGAAAUUUGUCAAUACCGGAAAAUGAAGUGUCAUGACUGUCGACAGAUACAGGAAGAUGUGGGAACAUUGAAAGGUAGUUCAAUAGAACUGGAUGGCAAAGUGGAAGCAGCAAAUAAAGAGAUGAAGAAAACUGUGGGAGAAUUGACAGGAAGUUUAGGUGAACUGGAUGGGAAAGUGGAAGCAGCAAAUAAAGAGAUGAAGAAAACAGUGGGAGAAUUGAAAGGAAGUUUAAGUGAACUGGAUGGGAAAGUGGAAGCAGCAAAUAAAGAGAUGAAGAAGACCGUGGCGAAAUUGGAUGGAAGUUUAAAGGAACUGGAUGGGAAAGUGGAAGCAGCAAAUAAAGAGAUGAAGAAGACUGUAGGGAAAUUGGAUGGAAGUUUAAAUGAACUGGAUGGGAAAGUGGAAGCAGUAAAGAACAGCCAAGAUCAAAUGAAACAAGAGCAACAAAAAGUUCAGAAAGAAGUCGAAGAAGUUAAGAAAGAAGUCGAAGAAGUUAAGAAAGAAGUAAAAGGCGUAAAAGAAAGUGUUUCAAAAGUGAACAAAGAUGUCGACCAAGUCAAAAUGAUGACAAGUCAAGUGUUAGAGAAGUUAGUUAGGAUUGAACAGCUUAACAAACUGCCAUCUCCGACUGAGGGAAUGUUGAAGACACCAAGGGAAGACAUUUUGAUUGCAGGUGGUCGAGCACUUUCGAAUAACAGUACUGAAAUAUAUUCCUGGGAGAAGAAUGGUUGGUUUGAGGUGUCAACAAUGAAUAAAGGGCAUUCUGGAGCUUCGUCAUUUAUUUAUAAUGAUCAGAUAUUUGUGGUUGGGGGAGCGGGUACUAAGACAAUAGAAACAUUGGAUCUCAAUGAAUUGGUUUUGAAAUGGAUGAAAUAUCCUGGAAAACUUCCUUAUCGGGGUGAUGAUCAUCAAACCGUUGCUUACCAACAGCGCAUCAUUCACAUUGGUGGAUAUAAUUAUGAUCCAAGAUGGUCUGACGUGAUCAGUGAAUUGCAACUUACCUCACCUGUCACUAUGAAAAAGUUGUGCCAACUGCCUGAUCCACGAUCUCGUCAUGGUGCUGAGACUUUUGAAGAUAAAGUCUUGAUUUUGGGAGGAGAAGAUCGUAACAGUCGUCCUUUAAAUAGUGUGUUGGAGUUUGAUGUAAAGAAGAAUAAAUGUAAGGAGAUGCCACCAUUACCACAUCCCGUGACGAGAGUAGCAACUGUUCGCUUGAGAGAUCAAGUAGUUGUGCUUGGAGGGCGUGAUAUGGAUCGUCAAGCUCUGAAUGAUGUUUUCACGUAUGACUGCAAGACGGGCAAGACCACAGCUUUACCAUCCAUGUUGGAGAAGAGAGUUAAAUGUUGUGCAGUUGUUACUGGAAAUACCAUUGUUGUGAUGGGAGGUGAGAAUGAGAAGAAUGGAGAUCUCAAUUCAGUGGAGUGUUUUACAAUGGGAGAUUCUACAUGGGAGUAUCUUCCUGUCAUGAAUAAAGUCAGGUACGGAGCAGUUGCUGAGGUUUUAUCUCCCAAACGAAAAUAUGUGUAAGUUUGACACUUAGACACACUGAUAAUUGUUUAUUCAAAAUAAUGCUUAAGACUGUCUUAGAACAAGCUAAAUUCUCUGGUUUUAACCAGCUAAGAGGAUUCCCUCUUGACUUAAGGUAAUGUUAUACAGAGUGUUUCAACAAAAGGCAAUCUCUGUUUUGGCAUGUUAUUGUGUAUCAGGUAUUAUAUAUAUAGAUAUUUUUUCUAUACCAAUGAAGAGCAGGCAUUUAGUUGUGAAAUCGUACUUUUUUGUGUCAUUGUGAUCAAUCAAGCAUGGCCAAAUAUGAUCAGAUUUAACUCACUGAGUACCAGCACUCUCCCCUGGACAAGUAAAAUCAUGUAGCAUCAGGCAGAGUAAAUUAAUAAAGUACCCCACAUUGCAACUUUAAUCAGUUACCUAAAUGCAUAUGAGCAGCGCAAUAGACCAUUCCGGUAAUUACGUCACGACUAACACUGUUUUCAACCAACCUCGUACCCAGGGUUUUAUCUCCGCUCCCCUCCUGGCUACGAGGUUGGUUUUCAACUUAGAGGACCACCUUAAAUGGAAUAGAUUUCAAGUUUGUUUUUCACUGGCUAUGAUCAGAGGAGCAGAACAUCCUUAGUCAACACAUGCAUGAAAAAGAAUUUUGGAUUUUGACCAAUUAAUGUGGAAAUAAGCUUAACCACGAAAACGAGGCUUGACCCAUCAGCCUCGUUUUCGUGUUAAGCUUAUUUCCACAUAAUAUUGGUCAAAAUCCAAAAUUCUUUUUUAUGCAUGUGUUGACGGAGGAUGUUCUGCUCCUCUGAUCAUAGUCCGUGAGAAACAAACUUAAAAUUCAUUCCGUUUAAGGUGAUCCUAAGUUGAAAACAGUGUUAGUCGUGACGUAAUUACUGGAAAGGUCUAUUAAAUAGGGUGCAUUAGGCACAAUGUCAGUGCAACUUACUGUCAAAUCGCGUGUUCUCUUGCCAGCAAUAUUGCAAUAUUGUCCAACAAUAUUGCAAUGUUGACAGGCAGAUUGCUCUGAGCAAUUUACAAGCAACGUGAACAAAUUCAAAUCUUUUGUGAAUUUGAACUUGCAAUUUGUUCACGUCGCUUCCAAAUUGCUCAAAGGCAAAGCAAUCAGCCUAUCAAAAUUGCAAUAUUGUGAGACAAUAUUCCAAUGUCGCUUCAAAGAGAACAUCCGGUUUGAUUGUAAUGGGUUACGUAAAUGACUGGUCAAAGUAACAUUUUUCGACAAUUCGGAAUUGCCUGUGAAACUAUUGUCUGUGUAUCCAAAUUAUUCUUAUUUUGAUAUUGAUAGGUUAUGUUUUAAUUGCAAGACAUAGUGUAAUAAUGACUGAAAUGGACACAGUUCAAUUCAAUUCAUGAAUCCUGGUGCUAGUUGUAUAGAAAGGUAGUUGAAGUUAACUACAGUUUGUGUGAAGGGUUAAUCGAGUAUUUUAGAAUGAAUUACAACCUGUCCCUGAAAUAUUUCAGGUUUUUAGAUAAAUUGUCGAUCCAAGUAUUGACUAUUGUAUAAGGUAUUAGAAGUUAGAACAUAAUAUGUAAUAAAAUGAAAAUUAUAAUUUGUU